AUGAAAAUUACACAAGAAAAUGGAUUACCAGAACUUAAACUUCAUAUUCCAUCUCGUACAAAAGAUUUUACUUUAUUAUUACAAGGAGCGAAAAAUCGAAUUGCAGCUGUAUAUGAUCUAACAGUUGGUUUCAAAAAAACUAGAGCAGCACCAACACUUCUUAGUAUACUAAAAGAACGUUCAUGUCAAGCCGAAAUGUUUGUCAAAUGUAUUUCAGUUUUAGAAAUUCCACAAGAUUCUGAAAGAUGUAAUAACUGGGUUCAUAAAUUCUAUCAAGAAAAAGAUCAAAUAUACGUUUAUUUUGUUAAUCAUGGUACAUUUGAAUGA